AUGUUUGACCCCACUGUAUUGUGUCUCGACGAGUCCGUCAAGGAUGGCAUCCACAAAUUGGUCCAGGGAUCGAUCGGCAAUUGCAAUGUCGAUGAACGAAAUUUCAUGUACGAUAAUAUCGUGUUAGCCGGCGGAAACACACUGUUCUCAGGGUUUCCCACGCGGCUGAAAUCGAUGAUAGAAGAAGGGUUGCCUAGCACAGAAGUCAGGAUCACCGCGCCGCUCGACCGUGAGUAUUCCGAGUGGAUUGGCGGCUCCGUGAUGGGCUCGUCGUCGUACUUUCAUCGGGUGUGCAUCGACAGUGCCGAGUACGGAGAAAAGGGGGCAGAAGCUGUGCAAUUCAAGAACAUACGAAACAUACAAGAAUGA